UACUUCCUCUCAGUCUCACGUAGGUAAACCAGGAAAUGUUGUUACUGUUGUAAGCCUGUUCGGCGGAUGAUUUCUUGAAAACCAAUAAUUUUACAUAUAUAAUAUUUAUGUGCAAUGCGAAAAAGAAAGGAGAUAACCAUUGGACAUUAGCCCAUGGAGCAGGAAUGAGGUAACUGGCGCCCCCACAGAGCUGCAGUUUCUAGACCCUGAAGUGUCGGUUUGCAAAACAGGAGCCAAAGUCUCUUCGCUUUGUGGAAGGAAAAGUUUGUUGCGCCAACAGAAAUGCACAGAAGAGCGGUGGGCGCGGGGGCAAUUGCCAAAAAGAAGCUUGCGGAGGCGAAGUAUAAGGAACGAGGCAAUGUCCUGGCCGAAGAUCAGAUCGCCCAGAUGUCGAAGCAGCUGGAGACCUUCAAGACCCACCUGGAGGAGUUUGCCAGCAAGCACAAGCAGGAGAUCCGCAAGAGUGCCCAGUUCCGCCUGCAGUUCCAGGAGAUGUGUGCCACCAUCGCCGUGGACCCGCUGGCCUCUGGGAAGGGCUUCUGGUCGGAGAUGCUGGGCGUGGGGGACUUCUACUACGAACUGGGGGUGCAGAUCAUCGAGGUGUGCCUGGCACUGAAGCACAGGAACGGGGGACUGAUCACCUUGGAUGAGCUCCACCAGAAGGUGCUGAAGGGGAGGGGCAAGUUUGCCCAGGACGUCAGUCAGGACGACCUGGUCCGGGCCAUCAAGAAGCUGAAGGUGCUGGGAAACGGGUUUGGGAUGAUUCCGGUGGGCGGGACGUACCUGGUCCAGUCGGUCCCGGCUGAGCUCAACAUGGAUCACACCGUGGUGCUGCAACUGGCAGAGAAGAAGGGCUACGUGACGGUGAGCGAGGUUACGGACAGCCUGAACUGGCAGAAGGAGCGAGCCUGCCACGUACUGGACCACCUGCUGAAGGAGGGGCUGGCGUGGCUGGACUCCCAGGCCAAGGGGGAGCCUCAGUACUGGCUGCCCGCCCUCUUCUCGGAGCUGCGGUCUUGUGAUGUCACCCCCGAAGAGGCCAAUCAGAUGGUGCCGUGAGGCGGGGGAGGAGCAGGAAGAGGUGGGGCUCUGCUCACGUGGGGGGGGGGUGGACAGAUGGACAGUCGGUCACGCAGACGCCUGGGCAGAGUCACUUGUGGCCGCGGGAUAAAGAGCUACUGUAGAAGGUGGAGUUGUCUCAUCAAUCGCAGGGAUGCACUUUAUUGCAGUGUGUUAAGCACAGUGCAGAUGUCCUUGUAAUGUGUGAGAAGACGGGCAACCUUGUCAACCUGAACCUCAGACAUUGUAAAUAAACUUGUAAUCAUGGAAUAAUU